CGUACUCUAAUCCAUACUCCGAACGAAAUACGGUAGAGGAGGGUUGGAAUCCACUCACCGAGCUCCGUUAAGUCGCACAGCCUCUCUCUCUCAUUGGCCACACACCGAGGCCGAGCCUUGCUUAGCGAUAAGCUCGGCCAAAAAGUUCAACACCAUCUCAGCCUGUGCAAUCCGGUCAUCUGUUUACGCCAGCAAUCGCCGAAUCUGCACCCACAACCCCCAAUCAGCUAGCCAAGAUGUCUUCCUCCGAUUUUAGCAUCGAGCAGUCUGACCUUGAGAAGCUUAGCGACAAGGACAAGACCGAGCUGCGCCAGUUCUUUGCCAACGAAGAGCAACGCUCUCGCAUUCAGUCCCAAACGCACGAGCUUACGGGUAUCUGCUGGAAGAAGUGCAUCACUAGCACCAUCAAGUCCGGCGCGCUCGAUAAGAGUGAGAAGACCUGCCUGGCCAACUGCGUCGACCGCUUCAUGGACGCCAACCUCGCCACCAUGAGGCACCUUGCCAGCAUGAGGCAGCAGCACUAAUACGCACGCGAAAAUACGCCAUUUUACCACUGUGAACUUGGGAUUGAGCGAUAUCUUUCCUGGGACGUGCUGGCUGUACGAUGAUAACGGGGGUCCUAAGCGAGGAGAAUGGAGCGGUAUAAAUGCGCAGAUAGAUAUGCCCGUCGUAGCUGUUUGGACCUCGAAUCUACCUGGUCAAGGAAGGGAACGAAUAUAUUUGCG